AUGGCGCUGCCCUGGGCCCUCGCAGUCUUGAGCCUCCUGCCACUGCUAGAGGCUCAGAGCCCGGCAUGUGCCAACCUCACGGCCAAGCCCAUCACCAACGCCACCCUGGACUGGCUCUCUGGCAGGUGGUUUUACAUCGGCUCAGUUUUUCUGGACCCCGAGUUCAAGCAGAUGGUUCAGAAGAUCCAGGCCUCCGACUUCUACUUCACCCCUAACCUGACCCAGGACACGAUUCUGUUCCAGCAGUACCUGAGCAUCGAUGACCACUGCGAAUACAACUCCAGUGUCCUGUGGGUCCAUCGAGAGAAUGCCACCCUCUCCAGAUAUGACAGCGGCAAAAAGUUCACGGCCCAGCUUCUCCUCCAGGACUUCAACGGCACCUACUUACUGGCCUUCUCGAUGGACGACGAGAGCAAGCGGGGCCUGUCCUUCUACGCCAACAAGCCCGAGGCCACCCCUGAGCAGCUGGAAGGGUUCCGUGAGGCGCUGGAGUGCAAGGGCAUGGACAAGUCGGAGAUCAUGUACACCGACUGGAAGAAGGACCAGUGUGAGCCGCUGCGGAGGCAGCACCAGCUGGAGAGGAAGAAGGAGCCAGAGAGCAGCCCCGGGCCGCCUGCUGGGGGUCACAGCUCAGAGCCCCCCGCACCAUGACCACCUCACACCGGCCUCCUCGGUCACGGUCCUCUGCCUCAGUAAAGUUUCUGCUUGGGACAGUUUGCUGGUCACCUGCGUGUUCGUUCAUGCCCACUCAUUUCUUGAUGGGAAAGUCUGCCCGGGUGGGGCCUGGCUGAGGCCCAACCUGGCGCGAGGAGCCGGGUGGACGUCACUGGGCCCGGUGCUCUAGUAGCCCGGCUCAAGGAGGGCUCCUCUGCAGGGGGACGGGCUUCCUAGGAGGG